AUGGCGGGGAACGACUGCGGCGCGCUGCUGGACGAAGAGCUCUCCUCCUUCUUCCUCAACUAUCUCGCCGACACACAGGGUGGAGGGUCUGGGGAAGAACAACUCUGUGCAGACUUUCCAGAGCUUGACCUCUCCCAGCUGGAUGCUAGUGACUUCGACUCGGCCACCUGCUUUGGGGAGCUGCAGUGGUGCCCGGAGAACUCUGAGACGGAACCCAGCCAGUACAGUCCUGAUGACUCUGAGCUCUUGCAGAUCAUUGACAGUGAGAAUGAGGCCCUCCUGGCAGCUCUCACCAAGACCCUGGACGACAUCCCUGAAGAUGACGUGGGCCUGGCUGCCUUCCCAGCAUUGGAUGGUGGCGACUCACCCUCCUGCCCCUCAGCCUCACCUGCUCCCUCAUCUGCGCCCCCCAGCCCCUCCCUGGAGACAUCCCCAGCCCCAGCCCCAGAGGUGGAUGAGCUCUCACUGCUGCAGAAGCUGCUCCUUGCCACAUCCUCCCCUACGCCAAGCUCUGACAUCCAGAAGGAAGGGACUGCCUGGAGGCAGGCAGGCCCCAGGUCCAAAAGUCAGCGGCCUUGUAUCAAGAUGGACAGCAGUCAAGACAAGAAGACCCCGCUGAUGCAGUCUCAGAGCCGGAGCUGUACAGAACUGCAUAAGCACCUCACCUCUGUGCUGUCUUGCCCCCAAGCUAAAGCCCGCUCUCCAGAGAGGGGCUUGCAGCCGCCACCACCCCUGAGUCUCCGGCUCCCUGACAGGGAGGAUGAGGAGCUGGGUGAGGACUGCCCAAGCCCCCAGCCAGCCCCAGCCUCUCCCCGGGACUCCCUAGCACUGGGCAGGGUAGGCUCCAGUGCCCAGGUUUCCCAGGAGGACAUGCAGGCGAUGGUGCAGCUGAUCCGCUACAUGCAUACCUACUGCCUUCCCCAGAGGAAGCUGCCCCCCCAGCCCCCAGAGCCCACCCCACAGCCCUGUAGCAGCCCCUCCAAGCAACUCAGAGCCCGACCCCGGUCCCAGCACCCCUCCAAAGCAUCCUGGGCUGAGUUCUCUAUCCUGAGGGAACUUCUGGCUCAAGAUGUCCUCUGUGAUGUCAGCAAACCCUACCGCCUGGCCACACCUGUCUACGCCUCCCUCACACCCCGUCCAAGGUCCAGGGCCCCCAAGGACAACCAGGCCUCCCCUGGCCACCUAUCCCCAGUGGAGGAGGUGAGGAUCACAGCUUCACCCAAGAGCACGGGGCCCAGACCUAGCCUGCGUCCACUGAGGCUAGAGGUGAAAGGGAAUGUCCGCCGGUCUACCAGGCUGCAGCAGGAAGAGGAGGAAGAAGAGGAGGAGGAAGAAGAGGAAGAGGAGGAAGAAGAAAAGGAGGAAGAGGAAGAGGAGGAAUGGGGCAGGAAAAGACCAGGCCGCAGCCUGCCAUGGACCAAACUGGGCAGAAAGCUGGAGAGCUCUGUGUGCCCUGUCCGGCGUUCGCGGAGGCUGAACCCUGAGCUAGGCCCCUGGCUGACAUUCACUGAUGAUUCCCCAAUCCCUGCAGAGCCCCAAGGUGUUCUGCCCUCACUGUGCCUGGCUCCUGAGGCCUACAACAUGGAGGGGGAGCUGGGCAGCCCCACAGACAAGGACAGUGGCCAAGACCAGGAGCUUCUACGGGGACCUCAGAUCCCGGCUCUGGAGAGCCCCUGCGAGAGUGGGUGUGGGGAUACAGACGAGGACCCCAGCUGCCCACAGCUCCCUUCCAGAGACUCUCCCAGGUGCCUCAUGCUGGCCUUGUCACAAAGUGACCCUCCUUUUGGCAAGAAGAACUUUGAACAAACCUUAACAGUGGAGCUUUGUGGCACAGCAGGACUCACCCCACCAACCACACCCCCGUACAAGCCCACAGAGGAGGACCCCUUCAAGCCUGACAUCAAGCACAGCCUGGGCAAAGACAUAGCUCUCAGCCUCCCCUCCCCUGAAGGCCUCCAGCUCGAGGCCAUCACAGGGGCUGCCCACAAGCUGCCAAAGAAGCACCCAGAGCGUAGUGAGCUCCUGUCCCACCUACGGCACACUGCAGCCCCACCGGCCUCCCAGGCUGGCCAGAAGCGCCCCUUCUCCUGUUCCUUUGGAGACCACGACUACUGCCAGGUGCUCAAGCCAGAGCGUGCCCUGCAGAGGAAGGUGCUGAGGUCCUGGGAGCCAUCUGGGGUGCACCUUGAGGACUGGCCCCAGCAAAGUGCCCCACAGGCUGAAGCAUUGGCUUGUGUCAGGGAGGGCAACAGGAGCUGUGAUGCCACUGCCCCUGCCAAGGACAGUGUGCUGCUGAGAGACCAUGAGAUCCGCGCCAGCCUCACCAAGCACUUUGGGCUCCUGGAGAGUGCCCUGGAGGACGAAGAUCUGGCCUCAUGCAAGAGCCCCGAGUAUGACACUGUAUUUGAGGACAGCAGUAGCAGCAGUGGCGAGAGCAGCUUCCUCCUGGAGGAGGAGGAGGACGAUGAGGACGACUCAGGGGCCAGCCCCCCUCGCUCUGACCACUGCCCCUACCAGAGCCCACCAAGCAAGGCCAGUCGGCAGCUCUGCUCCCGCAGCCGCUCCAGCUCCGGUUCCUCCUCCUGCCACUCCCGGUCACCAGCCACCCGGAGGACCUUCAGAUGUGAGAGCAGAGGGCCGUGUUCAGACGGAACGCCAAGCGUCCGGCAUGCCAGGAAGCGGCGGGAAAAGGCCAUUGAUGAAGGCCGGGUGGUAUACGUUCGAAAUCUCUCCAGUGACAUGAGCUCCCGGGAGCUGAAGAGGCGCUUCGAGGUGUUUGGCGAGAUUGUAGAGUGCCAGGUGCUCACGAGAAGUAAAAGAGGUGAGAAGUACGGCUUCAUCACCUACCGAUGUUCCGAGCAUGCUGCCCUCUCUGUGAGAAAUGGCGCUGCCCUGAGGAAGCGCAAUGAGCCCUCCUUCCAGCUGAGCUAUGGAGGGCUCCGGCACUUCUGCUGGCCCAGAUACACUGACUACGAUUCCAAUUCAGAAGAGGCCCUUCCCACGACAGUGAAAAACAAGUAUGAAGCCAUGGAUUUUGACAGCUUACUGAAGGAGGCCCAGCAGAGCCUGCAUUGA